GAAAACAAAUUUCUUGGUUCAAUUCAAUGCAAAAUGUUUUAUUAUUGACCAUAUUGCUUUCCUCUACAUGAGACAGAAAUUAAGCACCACCACAGUGUCGGCAGAACAGUGCUAUUCAUGCACCCAAGGUAUUAAAAUCCAUAAAAAAGAAGAAGAAGAAAAAAAAAACAUUCUAACAAGGCAAUAAUACACCAAACCGAUGCCACCAUGGACCUCUUUCAGAUCUAGACAUUUUGAAUUUGACACACUGUUAUUUGUCCAAGUAGCUAAUUUUAUCAUCAAGCAAGAUAUGUGGCAAGAAUGGAGCAAACAAAGAUAUGCAAAUAAAAUCACACAAACAACACAUAUUAUCAUACAUGUUAUUUACAGCUGGUCAGGUUAAUACAAAAUAUUCUAAGAUCUUCUGCAUUGGAAGGUAUUGGCUCAGUGUGCUCUCUGGAUAAUAUGCUUGCCUACUUGAUCUGGUAAAAAGGUUUGUCAUUUAAAGUCCCAUACAAAAUGAUCCCUCAUUUGUGCUUGCUGGGAAAUUUGGCAGGUACCUCAGGUAGGCUAUUUAGAAAUACAUUAUUUAUAGGACAAUUGUAGGAGCACAUGUCAACAAACAUUUUAGUGCAUCACUUUAAAUCUCAAGUGAUUAGUUUGUGCUUCAUAAAACCUCUACAUGCAUAAAACAAAGCUGACAGAAAGUCAUUUUUCCUCCAUGUCCCAUCCCUGAUAUUCACAAUGCACUACAAACAAAGAACUGUUUUCAGCUUGGCCGCUCAGUGAAUAAAGAAAUUAAAAAGUAACACUUUACAAUAAGGUUCCAUUCGUUAAUAUUAAUUUAUGCAUUAGGUAUUAUGAAGAAACAAUUCUCAAUAUUCGUUUACAUCAUUUUUAAUCUUUGCUAAUGUUAGUAAAUAAAAAUACUAUUGUUCAUUGUUAGUUCACUUUAGUUCAUAGUGCAUUAACUAAUGUUAACAAAAACAACUUUUGAUAUUAAAUGUAUUAUUAUAUGUUGAAAUUAACAUUAACUAAGAUUAAUAAAUGCUUAAUAAGUACUGUUCAUUGUUAGUUCAUGUAAACUAAUGUUGUUAACUAAUGUUAACAAAUGGAACCUUAUUGUAAAUUGUUACCUAUGAAACAAAAAAGUCCCCACGUAUGUAGGACUUCUGUGGCUUUUAGUCCAUGUCUAUUAGCCUAGAUGUCAUCUAUAUGCUCCUAAAAGUGUACAUCUAAAACUACACUUUUAGGAGCACUAACAAUUUAAAGUCUUUUUCUUCCAGGAACAAACCAUCAAGGAUAUCAAUGACUAAUCUUGGACUCAUAUACAAAUGUUUGUCCAAUGUAAUGCUCUCUGGAAUGAUCAUGUCCCUCCCAUUAGCCAUCUCUGACUAACAAUAUCAAGAGGCAAAUCAUGAUUCUCAGCUUUGACGUAAACUAAAGCCUACUGACUAUUUAAAAAGGGACCUUUGAUAUGUCCCAUGCACUUAUUUCCUAUUUAAACAGGAACAUGUUAUAAUAGGAUAUGAAAACUGUGCUUGUCAAGUGAUUUCAUGGGGUCUUUACGAGGCACAAAUCAUGCUUCCAUUCUCGGGCGCCAAAAAUGGCUUAAAAUUAGAGAGAAAAAAAAAAAGUGUAGAGUUAGCCAUCAUAAAAGUGAUGACAUAUCUAUUAAGUUUACAAAAAUUGUAAGACACCUUUUCAUGAGCAUCAGUUGCUUAGAAAAGUACCUAACACACCUACUUUAAAGUUUAAUGAUGCUGGCACUAGCAACACUGUACACUAUGUGCAACUUGGUCUCAUAGUAACAGGUUACUAUACCAACAUUUUUGCAAACUGAUUUUAACGUAGCUCAUUGUACAUAUCGUAAGUUUCCUAGUGAAAUGAACACUAGAGGCACUACAACGACUUAUUUCCUUUCACACAAUUAACGGCAGUAAAAUGGCAGAUUACACUGUGUAACACAUUUCUUAUUUUUAUUUUUUGUAUUUUUGGGGGUUCCUGGGUAGUAAGUGUUAUUUCCUAAUUGCUUAUAUCUAAAAGUAUAGAAAAUGGCAAACUUUGCUUUUGUGACCAGGACUAUGAUAUUUUGUAAUUUACCUAUUUUCCAGAACAUUCCAGAUAGUUUCAGUGCUGAGUAAACUUGGAGUAACUUCUAGAACUUUCCAGUAAUAUAAAUAGUAGUAUAAACACAGGGGCCUUAAGCCCACCAGUUCAGUUUAGUUCCAGUUGCCUAAGUGGAUACAUAUCAAGACCUUGCUGGAUGCCUUGAAGUAUGAGGAGUACAGCUGGGAGGUCAUAGGAGACUUCAAAAUGGUGGCAUUCCUGAUGGGUCUCCAAGGCGGUUUUACCAAGUUUCCCUGCUAUCUUUGCCUUUGGGACAGCAGGGACACCAAGGCGCCCUACCACAGGUGGGACUGGCCACAGCGGACCGAGUUCUCUGUGGGGAGGAACAACAUCAAGUGGGCGCCAUUGUUGGACCCCCGGAAGGUGCUGAUGCCACCACUGCACAUCAAAUUGGGCCUUAUGAAACAAUUUGUCAGAGCUCUAGAUAAGGAGUCAGCAGCCUUCAAGUACCUUCAAGACUUCUUCCCUAAGCUGACUGAGGCAAAGGUCAAAGCCGGUGUCUUCGUUGGACCACAGAUAAAGAAGAUCCUGGAGUGCAAUGAAUUCCCCAAGAAGCUCACUAGUAAGGAGAAAGCGGCUUGGAACAGCUUUGUCACAGUGGUUCGGGACUUCCUGGACAAUUACAAGGCUGAAAACUAUGUGGAGCUGGUUGAGACUCUGGUGAAGAACUACAGCACAAUGGGCUGUAGGAUGUCCCUCAAAGUCCAUAUCCUUGAUGCUCAUCUUGAUAAAUUCAAGGAGAACAUUGGAGCGUACUCGGAGGAGCAAGGCGAGCGCUUCCACCAGGAUAUACUGGAUUUUGAACGCCGCUACCAAGGACAGUAUAACGAGAACAUGAUGGGAGACUACAUUUGGGGGCUGAUUUGUGAAAGUGAUUUACGGUAUAAUCGUAAAUUUCGAAAAACUACUCACUUCUAAAUCUUUUGAUAUCAUUUUUGUAUUACUUUAGUAUAAAU